GCCUAUUGCACAUCUGCCCUGCCCAUCAAAAGCGACGCUGGCGGUGCGCUGCUGCCCCGUCUACUUUGAACUGAGGACCAAGAAGGGAGAAGAUGGCUCUAUUCAGCCUCUUCCUAACGUAUUCCAGUUGCCGUACCGGAUGGUGUUUGCCGUGGCGUCUGAGGACUCCAUCUUCCUGUACGACACGCAGCAGACUCUUCCUUUCGGCCUGGUGUCCAACGUCCACUACCACACACUCAGCGAUCUCACAUGGUCUGGUGACGGCUCCUUCCUGGCUGUUUCCUCCACAGAUGGUUACUGCUCCUUCCUGUCCUUCUCUCCCGGGGAACUGGGCACUCCGCUGAAGGAGCCCCCCACCCUGGAGGUCUUUGCCCCCAGCAGUGCUGCCGAGAAAAAGGGCAAGAAGUCGUCGACAGCGAGGACGUCAUCUCCUGUGACCCCGCUGCCGAGCUCAGCCCUGACGCCCUCAUCCCAACCCGGCAAGGAUGUCACCCCCCCAGACGAGAAGAAGAGCACCCCCAGCGGCAAAGCUAAACCUCAGCCCCGCAGGAUCACUCUCAACACCCUGGAGGGCUGGGGGAAGCCCUCCACCCCUAAAGCCGCAGCUCCUUCAGCCCCUCAGACGCCAACGUCUGCAAGCAAAAGCACGCCCUCCACUCCCCAGCCUCGCAUCGCCCCUCUAACCAGUUCUUCCACCCAGCCUUGCAUCGCCCCUCUCACUCCCUCCACCCCUAAAGUCCUCAACAGUGCUAAUGCUGCUGGGCCCAACACCCCUAAGGGACCAACAACCCCAAAGGGACCAACACCGAGGCGAGUGUCUUUGACUCCAGUCGCAGUUCGCUCUCCAGCUGUUAGUUCACUCUUCCGCACUCCCUCGUCCACUGAGAAGGCCAAACACGAACGCCCGUCUCCUCCCACUGAUCCAGUCUGCCAGCCCCCAGAGUCCAAACGGCCCAAGACCAGCGAGCCCCCCGCAAAGAGCAGCUCCACCAAGGCUUAGAGUUUACUGGGAUCAGUGUUUGAGUGUGUUGUCCGAUAGGAGUACAUGUACAGCAGAGGAAAAACAGUGAUGGAAGUUUCAGUGAAAAAACAAACAAACUGGGGCUCUCCAUGGAUGAACAACACCACAGUUCUAUAGCACUGUGUUUGUGUUGGAUUAUGUGUUCUUGAUCGAACUAGAAGAACACCACAUAAUGUACUUACUUAUAAAACAGACUGCAGUGAGUAACUGUGAGUUAUCUCUUCUUGUAGUCAUUGUGGUUUUUUGUAUCAUAUAGUAAAUGAGCUGAUGAUGUUACAUUAGAUUUGUUUGGCAUUAAAGUGCUGUUGAAAACAUGACAUUCAGUCUCACUUGUUUUCAGAUCAGUUUUGGGGUUUUGAUGCCUUUAUUCAGUGGAAAGUUUAGAAAACAGAGAGAUGACAUGCGGCUAAGUGAUGAGGGCUGGAAUCUAACCCAGUUCACCUGAUACUGGGUCUCAAAUGGGCCGUGUGAUGCAACAGCUGGGCUAUCGGGCACCUCAAUUCAGUCUCACUUCCUAUCAAAAACAUGUUGAAACUAAAAAUGCAUUUAUUUUUUUUUAAGAAGCAUUUUAGAGAGUACUAAUUUGAGAGUUUAUAAAAUACAAUCUGAGUCUUCACUGUUGAAGCAGUUUAAGUGAAAAGUGUCAAACUUCAGCAUAUUAAGAGUCACUUUUCUUAUUAUGUAAUAAAAGAUCUUUUGAGGA